AGAAUCAAGCAUGGCCUCUCUGAUCUAAAAUUUUGGGCAAGAAGGUGCUUUUUCAAAGCUCUCUGGCUCACCGCUGUUCUAAACUGAUUAAGUCGGCCAGAAUACAAUAAAAAUGUCUCACUACAAAGAAGCAAGCAAAGCACCAACUGAUGAGGCUCCAACAAUUCAUCGCAUCCGUAUCACAUUGACCAGCAGGAAUGUGAAGAGUCUGGAAAAGGUGUGUGCUGACCUCAUCCGAGGUGCCAAAGAAAAGCACUUGAAGGUAAAAGGACCAGUCCGUAUGCCCACCAAAGUGCUGCGCAUCACAACCAGGAAGACUCCGUGUGGUGAAGGUUCGAAGACCUGGGAUCGCUUUCAGUUACGAAUCCACAAACGCCUGAUUGAUUUGCACAGCCCAUCUGAGAUCGUCAAGCAGAUCACCUCCAUCAGCAUUGAGCCAGGUGUAGAGGUUGAGGUUACAAUUGCCGAUGCAUAGAUGUUAUCUUCCGCAUUGUGAUGGAGUUAACAAAAUAAAUAAAAAUGUAAAACUGA